CAACAUGAUUGGCUGCGAGGGCCUGAACAGCUGAGCUGCAUCAAUGGCGUGGGCCGAACCACAGCUCCAUCCAGAUCCACAGCCGCUACCAAAACAGACACAGUGCACACUUCUGUUUUACUCGUUUUUACUCCUGUUCUUGAUCGGUUCCUUUGCUAAUGCUGGUCCAGCAGAGCCUGCCCGUCUUCCACUCCUGUCCGGACAGCCUUUCAUUGUCUUCUGGGGGAUCCCAGACUCUUCCUGUGCCGGUCGCCUAAACCCUACGUCCUUUGGCAUGGAACAGGAGGGUCGAGUAGCCGUCUUUUACGAGGAUUCGCUGGGUAACUACCCAUAUUUUCUGGACAAAAACACACCAAUCAACGGAGGGAUUCCACAGUACACACGACUGGAUGGGCACGUGCAGAAGACGAAGCAAGACUUGGAGGUGGCUUUGCCCGCACCCCGGUACCUCGGCCUGGGGGUCCUCCGUUGGGCUGAAUGGGUCCCACAGUGGUCAAGAAACCAAGAGAAACAAGCAACGUACCUGGAGGCUUCCAGGAAGCUGCUCCGGAGUUUCUUCCCUAAAUGGACCCCAGAGGAAGUGGAGAAGUGGUCACGGGUGGACUUUGAGGCAGCAGCUCAGUCAGUCAUGGUGGAGACUCUGCAGGAGGUUAAAAGGUUGAGGCCCAAGGCAUUGUGGGGUUUCUCCCCUUACCCUAGCUGCUAUAACAGCGACCCCGCCCAGACCCAGUUAGGCAAUUACAGCGGCCAGUGCCCCCCUGCAGAGAUGGCCCUCAACGAUGAGCUGCUGUGGCUGUGGAAAAGAAGCUCUGCGCUCUUCCCCCUCCUGACCCUGGAGAAGCGACAGGGUGGGACAGCAGCAGCCAGGUCCUUCUUGUCGAGUCAAAUAAAAGAAGCACUACGAGUCGCAUCGGUGGCUGGAGCCGAGUUUGAUCUACCUGUUUUCCCUCUGGUAAAGAGCGUGUAUGAUUCAAGUAAAACUUUCCUAUCACAGGCUGACCUCAUCAAUACUAUAGGAGAAUCUGCUGCCAUGGGAACAGCAGGAGUUGUCAUCUGGAAUAGAAGUGAGAUGAAAACAGAGAGAGAGUGCCAAGACCUGGCAGUGUUUGUCCGUAAAGUCCUGGGCCCUUACACCGUCAACGUUACUACGGCAACUCAGUCCUGUUCCUCCGCCCUCUGUCAGGGGAAGGGUCGCUGUGUUCGUCGAAAUCCGGACACCUCCGCCUACCUCCACCUACCGUCCCAACCCAGUGCUGCAGACAAGUCAACAGAAAAGGCAGAGGGAGCAGAAGCCACCCAACAGCCAGAUGCAGAGACUAAAGCGGCUGAACCAGAUCCAGCCGAGAUCUGGAAAAAAGACUUCCAGUGCCAGUGGUACAAGAGUGCAGAUGGGGAAAUCUCUGAACGGCAGCCCCCCAAGGACGGCGUGUCUGUUGGAGGAAAAGCUGAAGGAAACACUGGGAACGCAGCGGAGACCAGGACAUCUUCCACAACAAAAAGUGCCUCUGAAAAUUUGUCUAGAGGAAGUGAUUUUGCUGGUACUGGAAGUCAAACAGUUUCAGUAGAAAUGCAGACGGACAAUGGUACGAACCUACUAACAGUCCCAACCCUACAAACUUUGCUUCUGCUGCUGGGGGCUGGAUGCUUAUGCCUGUGA